CGACAACCAUCAACACAUUUCAAACUAUUGAAAUUUCAUUAUAGUAUCCCACAGAAAGCAUUUAUCAAGGCAAAAUGCCCUUAUUAACAAUUCGGUAAAUAUUAGAUACACCAAUUACUGUUCGUAAAUGGGACUUCCAUUGAGAGACCGGUAAUAAUGCUUUAUUAGAGUUGAGAAAUGCAAUCUCRUAACUUAUGAAUCAUUGAAUCCCUYGCUCUAAAGAAAMGYGCCGUGCGACAACGUUUUUGCUGUAGUGUGAUAACAGUGCCCCAGCGAUCGAUGCGUCAUAUAAUGGUGACUUUUCAAGUUCGAUACAUUUAUGCCAACAUGCGAGUAUCAUUCUUAGCGCUCUGUUUGGCUGUAUUAUCGAAGAACGCUUUUGGAAACAAGUAUGAUGAAGAAUUAUGCGGAAUAGGAUGGAAAAGCUACAAAGAAUCCUGUUACACAAUACAAGCCUCUUCAAAAACUUGGGAACAAAGCCGAGACGACUGCGUAGCUCGUAAUGGACAACUAAUAAAAAUAAACGACCAAGACGAACUGAAUUACGUGUAUGACACAUUCAUCAGGCCCUUGCACGGGCAGAGCGCAUGGAUUGGUCUGUCUAAGAUAGAUGGGAGGUUCCAGUGGCAAGACGGAAGUAACGUCACAUUCUCCAACUGGAACCCCGAUGAACCAAAUAACUUUGGAGGAGUAGAAAAGUGUGUGGAGCUGUUUGUCGACAGCGGGAAAUGGAACGAUAUUGAAUGCAAACACCCRAAACCUUCCAUUUGCAAAAAGGAUGAAGAAUUAUGCGGAAUAGGAUGGAAAAGCUACAAAGAAUCCUGUUACACAAUACAAGCCUCUUCAAAAACUUGGGAACAAAGCCGAGACGACUGCGUAGCUCGUAAUGGACAACURAUAAARAUAAACGACCAAGACGWRCUGAAUUACGUGUAUGACACGUUCAUCAGGCCCUUGCACGGGCAGAGCGCAUGGAUUGGUCUGUCUAAGAUAGAUGGGAGGUUCCAGUGGCAAGACGGAAGUAACGUCACAUUCUCCAACUGGAACCCCGAUGAACCAAAUAACUUUGGAGGAGUAGAAAAGUGUGUGGAGCUGUUUGUCGACAGCGGGAAAUGGAACGAUAUUGAAUGCAAACACCCRAAACCUUCCAUUUGCAAAAAGGCGAAAGUAAUGGUACAUCCAGAAAACUUGGUCAUGGCAUCCUUAUCUAACGUGGACUUUGCCCUUCGCGACCAUACCAUACAAAACAUCCUGGCUAUAGACGUCAUGGAAUGUUCUUCCUUUUGCUUUGCUGAACCGAACUGUUUUUCCAUAAAUUACCAAUAUGACAAKCAUGGGAAUAACCUGUGUGAGCUAAACAACUCUACCAAGGCAGUUGCUAAGCYUGGGUCAUUUGUAGAAAGACCUGGAUUCAUUUAUUAUGACUGAAAAUUAAUGCGCAGGAUUAAUAAUAUUUAUAAUAUUUAAUAAUGAUGUGCUGAACAUUUGUUUCGCUCGACAACCUUAAAACUGUAGAGAGUUUUAGAUUGACUUUUUUUCUCCCCGCAAACGGCAAACGUGACCACGUUUUCAUAGUUUUCCUGUAUUUUACUUUACCUUUUACAAACCUUCUCACCAAGCGCAAAUAUACUUCUUUUUUUUUUCUACUACUUGGACGUUUUUGCGAUUCUUUUUCAGAAAUUUAAAAUAAUUU